UUUCCUUCACGAGAUUGAUCUAAGCGUUGCGCGAGACACAGUUUUUUGUAUUUUAUCGCUUUUACAGUUCAGGUUCAAAGUUAUUAUGACCAGUUAACAAUGCUGCGUUCCAAAAAGGAUGUAGACCGCCACGUGCGAGAUAUUUUGAAUAAAAUCAAGAGCGAGGACGAGAGAAAAGUUCGGGGUUAUAACAUUGCCCGGCUCUACUUUAACAUCAAUGAGUAUGAGAGUGCCCGUCGUUACUUGAGUGAAUUCCUAACAGUGCGCCCUAAAGCAACAGAUGCUCAUCGUUUAUUAGGCCAGAUCAAUGAAGGUCUUGGAAAUAAAGAAAAGGCAGUACAAUCUUACAAGACCUCCUAUGAACUAGGUGGUGGCCAAAAGGACCUCAUUUUGAAAAUCUGUGAGCUAUAUACAGAAGUACAGUGUGACAAUUCGGUACGUCUGUAUUGGGCAGAAGAAGGCCAUAGGCUCUAUCCUCACAAUGAAAGUGUUGUCAAGUUACGUGAAGCUCUUCUCACGGGUUCAGGAGCACACUCACGGGAGGAGCUUGAAAAAUUAUACCUAGAUGAAAUUAAAGCUAAUCCAACAGAUGUUAGACUACAAACCAACCUCCUGCAGUUGUAUAAAGACUGGGGAGCUGAAGACAAAAAUAAGCUCAAUGAAGCCUACAAUUAUGGGUGUCAGGUGGAGGCACGUAAACCAUUUUCAGAAUCACUGGAAUGGUAUAAAACCCUAUUUGAUAUCAUGCAGGAAUACCGCUCAUCAGCUGAUGUUAGCAAUGAAAAGGAAUUCCACAUCAACUAUUUGUCUGCCCAAGAGCGACUUGUCUACCUCACUUUGGCCUCAAGCAGCAGUACUGCACUCCUAUCCCAGUGUACCCUCACAGAUGCUGCUGCACUCCUACACAAGUUUGAUCAAGAUUUGAAGACCAGUUUAGAAGUGGUGGAUCAGAAUUCUUCUUUUGGUCAGAUGAUGGUGGGCCAGUUGUACCUGCAUAUGGCUAUAUUCCUUUUACAAAAUGCAAAGAAGGAUGGCCUUACUCACACAAGUACCAGUGCUGGAGCACUGCUGUUUCAUGCCUGCAAAUACCGGUCAUCUGAAAGUGCCACGCAGUCAAAGUCGUGGAGUUCAAGAGAUCAGUUCUGGUAUAAAUUAACUUGUCACAGACUAUCUCAGGCUGCUCAUGUCCUUAACCAUAUGGCUAAAACUGAAUCUGAAAAGAAUAAGUUUUUAAACAAAGUGAAACAACAGUGCAGUAAUAAGCAAGCUCAGGAGAAUAUCUACCUGACUCUGUUUGGAGCUUCUAAUGCCAACAAGAAGGAAGGGAGCUUUUUCCUCAGUGAUGAGCAGUUUAUCUCAAAGCCCCUGACAUAUCCUGAAGCUGAACAAGUGAAAGUCUGGGAUAAUGUUGUAGGAACCAUGUACUGCUCAAGUUUGCGUGACAUGGUGUGGUUGUGUCUGCAGCAAGCCCCAACUAGUUGCAAGGAACCUCAGCCAUACUACACAUAUACAUUGUUUGAAGGUCUUCAGUUUUCCACGACCAAUGUCAAUACAGGGGCUCCAGAGACCCUGUGCCAUCUUGAUCUCCUAGCUUUCUUGGCUGCAACUGUGUAUUGCCAAAUUGCAGCUGGAAAAGAGAAUAAUGGUCCUCCUCCAGCCUCCAUGCCAACAGUGGUUGCAUCAGUUCUCAAUACAACUGAACAAGCAGAAUGGUGGACUGCUGCUUACACGCUCUUUACCAACCGUGCUCACCAUAGGCUUAGUAAGCUACGUAUGAUCUUGCAGCGAGGUCUGGAGGUCAUAAGAGCUGUUGGCAACCAUGGUGUUGACUUAGCUCUUAUGGCACACUUGGCACAAUGCUUUUCUACCUGGGCAACAGCAGCCAAAGAGGAUGGAAGUACAGCAAGUGAAGUAGAUGCCUUAGAGGACCGGGCAGAACACUACUGGCAUCGAGUACUCACACUUUGCCAAAGGGCUGCGAGGAAUGUCAUAAAUGUUACACCAAGGAAUCGACUCUUUGUUGUACAAAACAUAUCUCUAAGUGCAGAGGAACGCUCCAAGGUUGAGGAGGAAGGGAAAUACUUCCUAGCCAUGAGACUUGUGCAGGCAGGGAAGCUGCAGGAGGCCAUACAAGCACUUGGAGAAUUGAAAAGUCCUGAAGCAUCAUUUCAGAGGGCAAUGUUGUAUAAAGAACAGGCCCAAGCUAUUACUGGUGAAGGUGGUGUAGAAGCCAUGACAGGAGACAUGCGUUCACAACACACUAUUCUCUUAACACAAGCAAGGGAUACCCUUUAUCUCACUCUUGACAGAUUGCGGAUGCCAGGUGUAGAUCGUUUUCAUCCUCUCAACACAAAGUUGAGUCAGCAACUGGAGGAUGUUGAAAGGCGUCUUUCACACAUCAAUGUAGAUCAAGAUACCCACACUCAGCGAGAGGAUGAUACAGAGUCCAUUUCAGAUGCUUCCCAGUCACCUCGACCUGAUUUGGCUAAUGGACAUGUUAUAAAUGCAUCUCAGCCUCCACAGAUGUUUAGUACGCCAUACAGGGAUAACAGAAAUAGUAGCAGAAUAACAAGACAGGAGGCCCGUCCAAGCCCAGAACGUCUGGAUGCACAAGUGAGAGCUAUCUCAGAGGUUCAAGAAAAUACAUUGAGAAACAUGGAGGACACAUUAAGGAAUAUGGAAGAACAGAAUGGGGCACUUAGAGCCCAGAAUGAAGCUCUCAGAGACACAUGUGCUACAAUGGCGCAAGAGGUCAAGGAAAAUGCAUCAUUGUUUCGCAGUAUUCUUGAACAGAACAAAAGUAUCUCCCAGGAAGCAUAUAAUGCUGUACUUAAUGAAAUGAAACAAGUUCAAAUAAGUAUAAAAGACCUGCAGACUCAAGUUCAAGGUAUAGCAGUUGAUGUAGCAGACUUGCGAGCCAUGAAAGCAGAUGCAAAGCACACUGAAGUUGUUGAAGCAAAGGCCAGUGAAGAACAGGUAGCUGUAGACCUUCCUGCUGCAGCAGUAGUGCCAGCUGGAUUAUACAGUGGUUACAUGGGAUACUACAGUCAGCAACCUGUACCCAACCCAUUGAUGCCUUCUCCAGGGCUCUUUGGGAACCCUCCUUUCUUCCCACCUUCCACUCUCCCAGAACAGACAUACAGCAUGCCAUCAAGUGUUAACCAGGGGACAACAGUAACCAGUCUAAGUCAGACAGGAUCUUCAAUAGUGACCCAGGCUCUUGGCUCCCCUGCUAUUGUUACUGCUAAGGAGCCACUGCCAUCACCCUCUGGAAUCACUGUUGCACAGAGUCUUGCUACAACAAACUUGGGUAAUGUGAGUUGGAGUGUGGCACAGGGCAUUAGUUCUUCAUCUGGCACCACCAGCAGUGCGCAGAUAAUGCCACCUGUUACCAGUGCUCCUCAUGCCUUCCAGAUUACAAUGCCAGCUGUGUCUGCAGCUCUGACACCACCACCUGCUUCUGCACCUGAGGAGCAGCUGUCAAUCACCCUUCCAUGCUCUGCUACGGGUCUCCUGGCCAACAUACCCGCCCCCCUGUACUCAGCAGUCACUCCUGACUCGUCCCCCCAACGAGGCCAGUCACAGGUUAAAUCACUGUCUCCGUAUUUGUCAACGGGCGGCUUGUCUCCCGCAGCCAACAAUCUGGAUGCUCCAUCUGCCUCGUCUGGUUCACAGGACUGCACAAUCACAUUUUCAGGGACCUUUAAGACUCCUGGGGGCAUUACCGCAACAGAAUUCCCUGCUCCAAAGGCAAAGGAAACAGCUGAUGAUGACAAUGAUCGGUAUGUAGAGGAUGACCAUGACCCAUGUCCAGAUUUCAAGCCUGUAAUUCCAUUGCCGGAGAAGGUGGAGGUUCGCACAGGGGAAGAGGAUGAAGAGGUAUUGUUUGAAGAGAGAGCCAAGCUCUUCAGAUUUGUAGAAAAGGAAUGGAGAGAGAGAGGAACAGGUGUUAUGAAGCUUUUGCACAACCCAGCCCAGGGCUCUGUGCGUGUUCUAAUGAGGAGAGACCAGACCCACAAGAUAUGUGCCAACCAUCUUGUGUAUUCUAAUAUAGAGUUGCAGGCCAUGAAGGGAAAUGACAAAGUUUGGAUAUGGGCUGCACAGGAUUAUGCUGAUGAAGAAUUGCGUAUGGAGAAGUUCUGUUGUCGAUUCAAAACUCUGGAGAUAGCUACAAGCUUUAAGGAUGCUUUCAUGAAAGCAAAAGCAAUUGUCAAGGAGAAUGAAGAUAAAUUGGAGAAACAGCAGAUUUCAGGAGACUCAAUUAAGACUGCCAGCCAAGGACCUGUUAAACCAAGUUCAGGCAAAUCCCUAGCAGAAAUGUUUAAGCCAGCUGCAGGAUCCUGGACCUGUUCUGUGUGCCUGGUGAACAACUCUGCUGAAAUGAGCAAAUGUGCUGCUUGUGAAACUCCCAAUCCCAAUGCCCCCAAGGUUGAGGAAUCAGCUGCACCUCAGACACCCUUUGCCACAUUCAAGUUUAAAACCCCCACCAAUACUCCAGGUUCAUCAGCUACAUCUCCAGACAAGCUUGGCAUGGCAUCAACUCCUAACACUUCCUCUUCAGCUUCUGCCACAGGAUUUGGCUUCAGAUUUGGCUUAGACUCCUCAAAAACAACCAUCAGCCCCCUGGUCAGCUCAGCCCCAACUUCUUCCAGUGCUGCGUCAACCCCUGCUGCCAGUACUGACACAUCCAAGGAUACUGUUAAGUUCUCCCUAAGUGGGUUCACCUUCACUACCACUCCCACAUUGAAGCAGGAUAAGGCGGAAGUCCCAGAGAAGCCAAAAGAGGAGGAAAAGAAAAAGGAAUCAAUAUUUGCUAGUUUCUCCUUUGGGUCCAGUGCCGCAUCUGGUCCAGGAAAUUCAGGCUUCAAUUUCAGUGUGCCAACAAAAGACAGCAAGCCUGAAGGAUGUCCUGCAGUGUCAAGCCAGUCAUCUGGAGAUGGAGGGUUGUUCAGCAACAAACCAGCAGGCAAUUUGGUAUCCUUCAGCAGUUUGGCUUCCAACAGUAGUUCUACAUCAUCAAAUGUGUUUACCAUUAAGGAUACAAAAGCUUUUGAACCAAAGGCUUUGUUUGGAGGUUCGCAAGCAAAGUCACCCAGUAAGGACGAUGGUGAUGACAAAGUAGAAGAAUAUGAACCUCAGGUAGACUUCCAGCCAGUUGUUCCUUUGCCAGACCUAGUUGAGGUCAAGACAGGUGAGGAAGAAGAAGAGAGAUUAUUCUGCGAGCGAGCAAAGCUUUUCCGCUUUGAUAAGGACACCAAGGAAUGGAAGGAACGAGGCAUAGGCGAACUAAAGAUCCUUAAGAACAAUAUAACUAAGAAGAUUCGCAUUUUGAUGCGCCGUGAACAAAUCCACAAGGUGUGUGCCAAUCACUUCCUCACACCAGAGAUAAAACUGACUCAAAUGCAGACAUCUGACAAGGCAUGGAUUUGGGCUGCACAUGACUUCGCAGAUGAAGAAAUGAGGGAAGAGAGGUUUGCUGCCAGAUUUAAGACCCAAGAAUUGGCAUUGAGUUUUAAGGCAGCAUUUGAAAAGGCCCAGAAAGCUCUAGAGUCGGAGGCUUCAGACACCACAGCUGCUUCUGAAGCUGCCCCAAUUAAACCCUCAAAUACUGCUACCAGUUCACUAGCUGCUAUGUUCAAACCAGCUGCAGGAUCCUGGGAGUGUGAUACCUGCUUAGUGCGAAACAAACCUGAAGAUAAUGUUUGUGUUUCAUGUUCAAGCAACAAACCAGGUUAUGAACCACCUAAAGAGAGCACACUCCAAACACCCCAGUUUAGCUUUGGUAUUCCAUCCUCAACAACUGCUCCAAAAGAAUCGGCAAAGAAUGAUGAUAAACCUCCCCUUAAUUCUCUGGCAAGCAUGUUUAAACCAGCAGCUGGCUCAUGGGAGUGUAAUAGUUGUUUGGUGCGUAACAAUGCAGGAGAUACUGUAUGUGUUGCAUGUAAAUCUGGUAAAGAUGGUAGUGCUCCCAGUGCAGAUUCAACUACUGGUGAUAAAUCAUCUUUCAGCUUUGGCAUCAAAAGCGAUACAUCUUCAACCUCAAGUGGUUUUAGCUUUGGUGUAGCAGAAAACAAGACUGCAUUCUCAUAUAGCAUUCCCUCCACAAGUCAGAGUGCAACUGCCACUCCCUCUCAGCCAGCCUUUUCCUUUGGCAUAAGUGCAAAACCUGCCCAAGACAGCACUGAUAGUAAGCCUGCAUUUUCAUUUGGUAUCCCUGGCAGUGUAACCAUAAAACCUGUGCAAGAUUCUACUGUUGCAACAGAAACCAAACCUGCUUUCUCCUUUGGGGAACAAAGCAACAAGCCAUUCAGCUUCUCCUGGUCAACAACUACCCCAGCCAGCAUUGGGUCAGCCUCUACAGCAGGCACUUCAGCCUUCUCUUCAUCAACCUUUUCUCAGUCUAAGCCACAGGAGCAACCCUCAACACCAACCAAAGAAGAAAAACCAGGCUUUGUAUUUGGUAGCCCUGGAAAGUACGAGUUCUCAUUCACUGGAGUUAAAGCUCGUUCUCCCAGGUCAAGGGAUAUCAGUCAGUGUGAAUCAGAAGAUGGCCUUGUGGAAGAAGAUGAAGGAGACCAUCUUUAUUUUGAGCCUGUGAUACCAUUACCUGACAAGGUUGAUGUAGUAACUGGAGAAGAGGAGGAAACUUGUCUUUACUCUCAUCGGUCCAAGCUCUUCCGCUUAGUCAGUGGAGAAUGGAAGGAAAGAGGCAUAGGUGAUGUCAAAAUCCUGUGCCACAAGAAGAAUGGUAAGAUGAGGCUGCUGAUGAGGAGGGAGCAGGUUCACAAGAUCUGCAUGAACCAUUACCUGAAGGCAGACACAGAAUUCCGCAAAAAGGAUGAGAAGACCUUCUACUGGGCAGCAGUUGAUUACACUGAAAAUGAAGCACAAAAGGAGACCUUUGCUAUCCGUUUUAAGACCCCAGAGAUUGCAGCUGAAUUUUAUAAGGCAGUGGAUAGUGCAAAGGUUAAAUUAGGUGGAACUCCAACAGAAUGUCCUGUGACAAUAUCAUCAAGUCCUGUAAAAUCAGAAGAAACAAACAAAGAAAAGUCACCAGACACACCUCAGAGUAAUACUGAAUUCAAAUCAUCAACGCCAGUUUCUGUAAAGGCUGAAGCAGACACCACAUCAGGGGACGCUACAAGCAAGCCAAACAGCUCUAUCUUUGGAGGAACGCCCAGCAAGACACUGUUUGUAGAAACAAAAGGCGGAUCAACAGAAACAAUAGGCACAAUAUUUGGGAGUAGCACUGAACCAUCUUUCGUCACUAAUGUGUCUGCUACCUUCACACUAAGAGGUCCCGAUCAGCAGGGAAUACUAAAUGCAUCUGGUGGACCAUCUGUGUUUGGAGCAGCGACUACAAUGUCUACCACCCCAAGAAGCACCUUUAGCUUUGGAGACAAAUUCUCCUUAAAUCCAGAUGCUGACGACUGUGAGGUGGUCUACAUUAAGAGCAGUAAUGAGGAGCAGAAAUGCCAUGCCAAGGCAUUAAUGCUCCCUGAGAAUUUCUAUAGUUACAAAGAACAUCCAAGCUGCCCAGGCUGUGUGGGCUGUGAGGCAGAUGAUGAUGACAGUGAAGAUGUGGUGGAGGUUGUUUUUGAGAAGAAAGCUACACCUGAACAAGUACAGAAAGCUAGAAAGCUGCAGCUUCCUGAUAAUUUCUAUUUGUAUGAAGAUGCCCCUCCUUGCCUUGGCUGCCGGGGCUGUUGUGAAGAGGAAGAAGAAACAGUUGGAAAAGUUGAGCAGACAAUACCAUCUGCAUCUACUCCAGCAAAUAGUACUUCUACAUCAUCCAUUAUUGGUGGAACAAGUGCAGGGCCUUUCACAAGUGCAGUUUUUGGAAAAGGACCACCAAAGUCUCCAAGCAUUUUUGAAACUCCUAAAAUCUUUGGGGGUAGCACUGGAGGUUCUAGUCUUUUCGGGGGUGCUACUAAUUCCCCCAGUGUGUUUGGAGGCUCUACUGCUGCAACUGCUCCCAGUGUGUUUGGAGGAUCCCCUGCUCCUAACAGUUUGUUUGGAGGCUCCUCCAUUGCAAAUUCUCCCAGUAUGUUUGGUGGUUCUGCUACUAGUAGUUCUACCAGUACAUUUGGAGGCUUUACUGCAACUACCACUACUGCCAGCAGUUCACCUAGUAUAUUUGGCAGCUCUAGUGUCACUAGUAGUGGCAGUAUAUUUGGAGGUAAUGUUAGUGGAAGUAUAUUUGGUGGGUCUGCUGGUUCAGCUGGUGGACUCUUUGGAAAUGCCAAGACCUCAGGAUCACCAAGCAUAUUUGGUAAUGCUGUUCCAACAUCAACAGAAAAUACUACAUCAAGUACCACAACAAAAUCAACAGAAGGAAGUUUGUUUUCCACCAUUAGUAGUGGAAAUAUGUUAUCAUUUGGAGACUUAGCUUCACAAUCUAAUGAAAGUGGAUUUGGUCAGAAAAACACAGCAGCAGCAGAUGCAGUUUGGGCUGCGAAAGGACAACCAAUAUUUGGGAAAUCUCCAAAGAAGACUGGAGAUGAUGAUGAUGAUGUAGUUGAAAAUGAUCAUGAUCCCCACUUUGAACCUGUUGUACCAUUACCUGAUUUGGUGGAGGUGAAGACUGGAGAGGAGGACUUAGAAGUGAUAUUUAGCAACCGUGGCAAGCUGUAUCGUUAUGAUAGUGGCUCAAAACAGUGGAAAGAGAGAGGCGUUGGAGACUUCAAAAUCCUUCGAGACCCAGCCACAAAUAAAUACCGCUUACUGCAAAGGAGAGAACAGGUCCACAAAUUGUGUUGCAACCACUACCUAACAACCCAACUUCAGUUACGACCCAUGGAGACUUCAGAAACUGCCUGGUGCUGGUAUGCCAAGGAUUAUUCUGAGAGCUUAGAAGGCACAGAUGAGAAGCUAGCAAUCAGAUUUAAGACAAGUGAAAUAGCAGCAGAAUUCCAGAAGAAGUUUGAAGAAAGCCAAGAGAUCAUAAGGAAAAGUGAAGCAGAUCCUACAGGUAGCACAAACACAUCUGCUACAUUUGUCCUUCCACACCCCAGCAGUUCUGUUCAAAAAGAUGAAGAUGCAGAUGAAGAUGACGAGGAUGAAGAUGAUGAGGAGGAUGAAGAUGAUGACGACGAUGAUGAUGACGACGACGAUGAUGAUGAUGAUGACGAUGAUGAUGAUGAUGAAGAAGAGGAAGAGGACGAUGAGGAGGAGGAUGAUGAUGAGGAUGGAGAUGAUAAUGUAGUGAUUUUUACCAAGAGAUGCUCCUUGUCUAAAAAAGAAAAUGGUAGUUGGACGGCACUUGGUGCUGGGGAUCUUCACAUCCAGUAUGAUGAUGACUUCUUUGGGGCGAGGAUCAUCAUGACGUCAGAGUCUGGAGAAACCCUUGCUGAACAUAUUAUAGCUAUUCAAACCACAGUGCACAAAGAGGGCAAUUCAGCUACCUGGACUGUACUUAACUUAGAGCCACAACCUCAAGCAGUUACAACAUUCAAGGCUGAAUUUGCCAGUGUCAAAGCAUUAGAAGAAUUUGUUGCAGCUUUUCAUGAGGGCAAGGAAUAUGCAGAGAACUCGGGCAUUAUGGAACAGCCCAGUGGAGAAGUAGCCCCGGAAGAGCUGUACUAUGGUCAGGGUGCAGAUGAACAAGGCAUGAAAAAGGAAUCUAUGCCAUCAGCAUCUCAAAUGGAUUUAUUGGAAAACAAGAAAACACUGCCGUUUAGCUUUGGGCAGGUGUUGACUUGUGAUCCCAAUUUAACUCGAGAGCUUGCUGCGGCUCUCCAGGAACACUUUCCCACUUUAAACUCGGAAUUUGAGAAAGAAUGAUGGCUGGAAGAAAAAUAGAAGGUUAAAGGACAAGAAGGGCAUAUGCAUAUAGUAAUCUGCUGAUUUGCUUCAACAAAAGGAAUCAUAUCAUGAAAAGACAACUUUGAACAAGUUUUGAAGCUUUGAAGCUUUGAUAUACAAGAUUUCUAGAGACACUUCGUGAUGAAAGGAAGAUCUUUGUUUUAUUAUUUUUUUACAGCUGUGAUGGAUAUGUGAUCUUAACUUUGUGAAGUGUGAUGGUUUAUUUUAGCAGCCUCGCUUAAGUAAGGCAGUCCUUUCAUUUGAUAAGAGAGGAGAAAAUGUAAUUCCUUUUAGUUUAUAGAGAAACGGGAGAGGAAAUGCAAUGGUUACCAUGUAUAUUGAAUAUGGAGAAAUAGGAGAUUUUAAGCUUGUAACUUAAGUUUUAAACUUUUGCCUGGCCAUGAUUGCUAUAAGUAUCCCAGUAUAUUUUGUAAGCUUCAGUAGGUUAAGCUAUAUAGUUUUCUUAUCCUUGUGUUUUACUGUCUUACGUUGGUACAAAUGUCACAUAACUAGUGGCUUUGAGCUCAGGUGAUAUAUUUACUGGGCUCAUCCCAAACUUGCCUUACAUCUAGAAAGUUUGCAUUUCCAUUGGGCUAUUUCCUGUUGCUCAUAGUUGCUUGUUAUGCUACAAAAAUCUGUAUUCAUAAAGAGAUUAGUCCCACCACGACAUUUAUUUUUGGUUCCAUAAAAGUUUUAGAUGAUCAA